AUGGCCUAGAACAUUAUAGUGGGAGCUAUCAAAAUAAAGGAUGGUUUAUUCAUUGGAGAUGAGUAUGCAUCACAAGUAACACACUCGAUAUAAUAAAGGAUCGAGAAUUCAUUGUUAAUAACAAAGUAACUCAUAUCAUCAAUUGUUCUGGUACGGAAGUGCAAAACAAGUGGAAUAUGAUGAAUAUCAAAUACCUGACAUUCAAUUGGCUCGAAUAAGACAAUGAAGUAAAACAUUCCCAUAAAAAGGUCUUAUUUGACGACAAAAAUGAAAAUGUAAAUAAAAUUUAUGCAUUCAUCGAAGAGUGCUUCCAACAAGGCGAAAGUUGUCUAGUUCAUUCACUCAGAGGCUAAAGUAGAGCAUGUUGCGUAUUGGCUGCCUACUUUAUGAAAAAGUUCAUUAAUUUUAUUUACAUUAUAAAGGUAUUCAUGGACACUCUACAAAACACUUGAAUAUCUCAAUUCUCGAAGACCAGAUCUAGAAAUUAGGGCCUCCUUCUUUUAUUAACUAAAUGCUUUAGAGUCCAAAAUGAAUAAGUCAGGACCUAAGAGAACUGCUUCCUGGAAUGAACUAACCUAGGAUGAACAGAAUCCAUAAUAACUCUAAGAAGAAUUGAUUAUAAGAAACACAUUUCUCAAUUCAUAGAAUGGACCAGUAGAUGACAUCUACACCAAUUUACAAUCCAAAUUAGUAAUUCUCUCAAAUAUAUCUCAUAGUAAGUAUUAGCAAAAGCUUGUAAUUAGAAAAUAAAAUGGAAAGAUUAAUUGAACAAAGACAACUUUUAGUUAGCCACCUUAGUCUAUUCUGGAUCUCCAGAUUUUGUACCUACUACUGAAAUUAAACUCAAAGAAGAUUCUGAUCAUCAAUCUAUCUUAAGAGUAAGUUAAUUAUAAUCAUUAGGGAGUAUAAAAAACUUCAUUAAAUUAACCUGCAAAAUAACUGAAUCUCUAAAAACCUUCUAAUUAAAAUAAGCCCCAUGUUAAACAACUUUAAUAAGAAGAUUGCGAGUCAUUUAAAUAAAAUUCUUAAAUGAGUAAUAAUUAGUCAUUCUAAAAUUUGUUAAUGCAUUGUGCAUAGAGAUAAAAGCACAAUUCAUAAUAGGAGAAGAAGACUUCACCUAUAUCAUAAGAGUAAUAAAUUAAGAGUCCCCAAUUUCUUAAUUAACAAAAUGGUGUAAGAAGCACAUCUUUGUAAUAAAAUGAAGAAAAAAAAAAUUAAAUUGAUGUCACUAAUAAUAGGCCAAGUUCUGUCAAAUAAAAAGAUUCUUCUCCAUCAAUCUUAACCAAUUUCUAAGAAUUCAAAAAUUAAGUUUAAUAAUCAUUACAUUAUUUCAAUAAACAAUCUGAAGCUAUUUUAAAUAUGGAUACACAUUUGAUGAAUGUUAUUUAAUAACAAUAAUUAUAGUCCUAAUAAUAACCAUAAUAACCUAUUUAAAAUCCUAAUCAAUAAAAUGAACUCAAAUUGUAAAUUCCAUAAGGAAACUAAUCAGUUUUAGCAUCUUAACAAAAAUCUAAAUUAGAUCAACUAAUUAGUCCAACAUUGAUUUCUACUAUGAGUUCAGCAAAACAUUUUGAAAUUUAAAAAACAUUAACAUAAUCAAUAUCAUAAUUAUAAUCUAGUUACUAAAAAUUUCAAUAACUAUAAAUGAAAAAUUAAAUGAUGAAGCAAUCACAAUCCACCUCACAAAUUUAAUAAUAAAAUAACAAUAAAAAUCAACCAGAUCUAAGUUCCACUAACAUCACAAACAUAUCUAAAAUUUAUGACAGAAGCACUCAUAUUAAAAAAGGGGAAGAAUUGGAUAGUAAAAAUAGACAAAAUAGUGCGGAGAUCAAGGAUCAAUAAAAAAACAACAGUACUUAAAAGAAAGACAGUUUGUCCCCAUUUCAAAAAGAUCCAAUUAAGAAAAUGCAUUAAUAUGGACCUCCUUUGCCUUAAUCAAACUCCUAAAUUUACCUUAGAAAUGUACAAUGCCGAAGGUAAGCUGCAUCCACAUUAAGGAAUCAGUAAAAGCCAAAUAAUUCCUUUUAAGACAAAUAUCUUAAUCAAAGUGCCAAUCAAGUGUAGAAUAAUAGUAGUUUUAACAACAAUAGUAAUUCAAAUAUAGAGGCUGAUUCAAAAAUGCAGUAAAAGGUAGUGCAUGGAUUGGUUUCUGAUGUUAAUCAUCUCAAAAAAUUGAUAUCACCAUAAUGUCUGACAAAAAGUUAAGCUUAAUUUUUAAAAAAUCAACCAAUUAAGGUUUUAUAGGAAUUGACAGAUAAAACUUAGAGCAUUAAACAGAUGUAUUUUUUAUUGAUUUGCACUUAUUAGCAAAGGGAAAGACAGUAUUUAAACUGCAGGCGUCACUUUAAUGCAAAAAGCAUAAACAGGAAAUGCAAAAACAUUGUCACCAGCAAUUAAAAGUAAUUUUUAUUUAGUAUGAAUUUUAUUAAGAUGAUGAAAAAUUCAAAAAUAGUCAUGUUGGCAAUCCCCAGCACCUGAGAUAGAAGAUUAGAAAUUCAUCACCUGGUUAGAAUUUAAAUGAUUUUAGGUUUAAGCAAAGAGCAAGAGAGUUCAAGUUCCUUUUCAUAUCAAAACACAAAUACUACUUUGCCAGGUAAGAAUAGUUGGAAAAUGCUGUGA